AUGAAGUUACAAAGUCUCAUAACUUUACUUGGGGUGACAGCAUCGACAGUUUUGGCGCAAGACGCCAACGGUACAUCUCCCAGCAUACAGGGAAUAGCUGAUUCCACUCCAUUUUGUAAAAUGGACAAAGAUGAGAAGCUAGGCCCUGGAUGUGAUGUAACUAUACAGGAGAUUAAUGAAAUAAACAAGAAAAUAAGGAAGGAUGUACUGGGUUUAGUAAAUACUGACUUUUUCAAGUAUUUCAAGUUUGACCCUUACAAGCAAUGCACUUUUUGGGAAAAUAAUGACGGUUUGUGUUUCAGCAGAAGCUGUGCUAUUGACGUUGUCGAAGAUUGGGAUAAACUACCGGAGUACUGGCAACCAGAAGUCCUAGGAGGUGUCGAAAACGAUCAAAAUAUUGUAGCUGAAGAUAACGAAGCUAAUUUCUUAAACCAAUUAUGUGAGGGUACUAAUGGUAUCAAUGAACUACAAAAAGACAGAGAUCUCAAUUAUUUUGAUAUUAACGAUUUUACGAGCAAAGAUGCCGUCCUGGUAGAUCUAUCCAAGAACCCUGAGAGAUUUACUGGCUAUGGUGGUCAACAAGCAGGUCAAAUAUGGACGAGUAUAUAUGGUGAAAAUUGUUUCUCUACCGAAAAUGAAGAAGAGAGAUGCUUGGCUAAAGACGCUUUUUACAGAAUCGUUUCUGGGUUACACGCUUCUAUUGGUACGCAUUUAUCAAAUGAUCAUUUGGAUACAGAAACUGGCGAGUGGGGACCUGAUUUAGAUCUAUUUAUGGCCAGAGUUGGUAAUUUCCCUGAAAGAGUUUCCAACAUCUAUUUUAAUUAUGCCAUAGUUGCUAAGGCCCUAUGGAAAAUCAAUCCAUACAUGAAAGAAUUAAAUUUCUGUAGUAGCUAUAAUAAUGACGUUAAGUCCAAAUUUGUUAACAUUGUUUCAAGAUUAGAAAGCAAGAUAUUUGAUGAAGAUCUUAUGUUCAAAGAUGAUGUUACUUCCACUUUAAAGGACGACUUCAGAAACCGUUUCAAGAACGUUACCAAGAUUAUGGAUUGUGUUCAUUGUGAUAGAUGUAAGCUAUGGGGAAAAGUACAAACCACUGGUUACGCAACAAGUUUGAAGAUCUUAUUUGACUUGGAUGAAGCCGAUGAAGAAACCAAGCAAAAAGUCGUUGAUGGUCUAACAAAAUACGAAUUGAUUGCUUUAUUAAACACCUUUGAUAGAUUAUCCAAAUCUAUUGAAUCUAUCAACAAUUUUGAAAAGAUGUAUAAUGACCGUUUUGACAGUGAAAAUAACAAAUUAGAAUCAUUCUUCAAUAAGAACAAUUUCUUCAAAUUGCUACAGAAGGCAACAGAAUCUAUUCGUAAUACUAUUAAUAGUAGCAUUAACGGCACCAAUAAUGUUGUGGUGUCAGAAGAAAAGGAAAAUGAUGAUUUAAUUGAAAAUGAUGCUACUAACUUCAAUGAUUUGAAAAUGCCAAAGAAAAAGAAGUUAAAUAACUCCCGUAACAGUAAUGAAGAUGUUUGGAGCAAUGCUUGGAAUGCCGAAUUGCACAACGUCGCCGAAGCUUUAAGAUUUAUUUGGAGGAGCUACUUAGAUCUACCAAAAAAUCUAUGGAACCUCAUUUUGUCCAACUCUAUAAAGUUAUGGAAUGCAUUUGUCGGUGUCUCUAAUUAUAUUAAAGAAGAUGAAGAUGCGAACAUGUACAAAUUGAACAUAUAA